AUGUCAUUCUUCAGACGUGCUGGUAGCUCAUCGGACAGCGAUUCCUCAUCAGAGGAGGAAGAACUUUUGUCAUCCUCAGGUUCAGAAGACGAAGAAGCACCACCACAAAAGCAAGAAGCUAAACCAAUGUCUAGAUUCUUAAAAACAGCUGGCGGUGACAGUUCUUCCUCAGAUUCAGAUUCGGACGACUCAGACGAUUCUGACGAAUCAGACGAUGAAGACGGUCCAAAGAAAUCUCGCUUCUUAAAAGACGCACCUUCAGAUGAGUCCGAUUCAGAGGAGGAAACUAAGAAGGUCGUAAAAUCAGCUAAGGAUAAGAGAGUAGAAGAAAUGGAGGCUGUCAUUAAAACUCUCGAUAACGCUAGCAAGAUCAGUGACUGGGUAGCUAUCAACACCGAAUUUGACAAGUUAACACGUCUCGUUAUUCGUUUACAGACUUUGAAUGAACCAAUUCCAGCAAUGUUCAUUAAGACUUUGGUUAGCCUUGACGAUGACUUGAAGUCUGACAAAGGUGAUACUAAGAAGAAGCUUAACGCUACCAACAACCGUGCCAUGAACGGUAUGCGUCAAAAGGUCAAAAAGAGUAUCAGAGACUGGGAGAAGGAUGUUGCAAGCUACCGCGAAAAUUCAGAAGAGUUCGAAUCAAAAGCUGCCGCUAUUUCAGCUGCGCACGCUCCAGGUGUCGCUCCAACCAAACCAAGAGCUGAAAAAGCAGCAGAGGCAGCAGACGCUGAUGAACUUGGUUUCGCAACUAUCGGUAAAGCUGGUAAAGCUACCGACGAACCAACUAUAACUCCAGAGACUUUAUUCAGACACCUUGCAGGUAUUCUUGAAGCUCGUGGUAAGAAGAACACCGACAGAACCGAACAAGUUCGUACCCUUGAGAGAUUACUCAAGGUCGCUUCAACUCCAUACUCACGUAUUCGUGUUCUCUUGGCUUUAAUCUCUUCAAGAUUUGAUUACAACGCAACCAACCAAGCUCACAUUCCUCCACAAUCAUGGAUUCAAGCAAGAGCUGAAUUUGACAGCUUAAUUGACAUUUUGAUUAGCCAACCACAAUACAUUGUCAAGGAAGAAACCGUCGAAUAUGAAGAUUCAGUGGAAAGAAAGCCACAAAGUGCUGAUGACAUUGUUGAAGUUCGCGGCUCAUUGGUAUCUUUCAUCGAGCGUUUGGAUGAUGAGUUCACGAAGACUCUUCAAAACUCUGACCCACACUCACUUGAAUAUGUUGAAAGAUUAUCUGCUCAAAAGACUCUCUACCAAACAACUGUCAAGACACAAGCCUACUUUGAAUUGAUAAAGGCUGAGUUGCCUGUUUCAAGAACCGUCAUGCGUAGACUUGAACACAUCUACUCAAAACCAGAUGCCGUUGUUGAAGUUUUAGAAAAGGCAGCUAGUCAAGCACUUGGUCAAUUAAAAUCAACAAUUACUCCACCACAAUCUGCUUUCUCAUCAACCAAAUUGGUUCAUCAAUUAUGUACAUACCUUUACAACGCUGCCGAUGGUUUAUUACGUACUAGAGCGAUGCUUUCACACAUUUAUCAUCACAGUUUACACAACAAUUACCACACUGCUCGUGAUAUGUUCUUGAUGUCACAUUUACAAGAGAACGUUAGCAGAGCUGAUGUUGCAACUCAAAUUUUAUUCAAUCGUACAGUUGUUCAAUUAGGUUUAUGUGCAUUUAGAACAGGUUUAAUUAGAGAGGCUAGAGAUUCAUUGAGAGAAAUUUUCCAAUCAGGUAGACCAAAGGAAUUAUUAGCCCAAGGUGUCACUCAACAAAGAUACAUGACUAUGACUCCUGAACAAGAGCGCGCAGAGAAGUCAAGACAGGUUCCAUUCCAUAUGCACAUUAACUUAGAACUUUUGGAAGCUGCCUACUUGGUCAGUUGUAUGUUGAUCGAAAUACCAAAAUUGGCUUCUGCGACUGGUGAUCCAGAUGCAAAGAGAAAGAUCCUUUCCAAAGCUUUCAAGAGACAAUUGGACUUUGCUGAAAGACAAGCCUUCAAUGGUCCACCAGAGAACACUCGUGAUCAUAUCAUGCAAGCUUCUAAGGCAUUGCAAAACAGUGAUUGGGAGAAAUGUCGUGACUUGAUCCAUGGUAUUAAGAUUUGGUCAUUGAUGCAAGGUGAAACUCAAACUAAGGAGAUGUUAACCAGCAAAAUCCAAGAAGAAGCUUUGAGAACGUAUCUUUUCACAAAUUCAGCAUUCUACGAAAACAUUUCAAUCUCAAUAUUGGCUUCUGCAAUGGAAUUGAAUGAAAAGACAGUAAACUCGAUAAUUUCAAAGAUGAUUUGGUCAGAAGAAUUGUCAGCAACAAUCGAUCAAUCAAAUAAUGUAGUUGUAUUCUCCAAAGCUGAACCAACUAAGUUACAAUCACUGUCGAAUCAAUUACUUGAUCGUGCUAACAGCCUAGUCGAAUUAAAUGAGAAGACAAUUCAACUCAAAUUUGACGAUGGUACAAACAAAUCUGAUGAUUUAAGCGCAAGAAUACGUCGUGGAAAUCGCGGUCAUGGCCAUGGUCAACCAAAAGCUAGCAGGCAACAGUUUGCUAACCCAACGAGAAAAGUACCUGUAUAA